CUUUGCCUCUCCUUCCCGCAUCAUCCUCUCCUCCUCCGCUCAUCAUCGUGCCCUCCGCUGAGCACCCCGCGGCUCCGGAUCUGAGGAGCCUCGGAUCCUGAAGACUUUCCUGGCGCUGGUUCUUGCUGAGCUCCAGAGGAUUUCGGGGUUUCGGUCGGAGAAUUGGGAGGCGAGAUGGAUGGUCUGCCUGCGGAGCUGUGCCUCAAGAUCUUCCACCUUCUGGAUCACCGGUCUCUCGCCUCUGCUCCCCGAGUUUGCAGGAAGUGGAACACGUUGGCCUCCGAUGACGAGCUGUGGCGCAGGCUGUUCAAGGACAGAUGGGGAGCGGAUGCUGCAGCGUUCUACGGUCCGGAGCCGGAGGGCUCCAAGACAUGGAAGGACGUCUUCAUUGUGCAGAACCGAUGCGACCGAUAUGGACUGGGUGUCAAGAUCGUCAGAGAAGGAAGCGACUAUUACCUGAUAUACCAGGGCGAGAUUCAGAGGUACCUGGGGUCCAGGCAGCAUGUAAGCUGCGAUAGCAAGAAGGACGCGGAUGCUCGUGCGCAGAGUGCCGAGGACGAGCAGCGGCAGAUAUCCGAUCGGAUCUUGUUCUUCGUUGGAGACUUGGAGGCUGCGUGCGCAGAUGCCAAACGUGUGAAGGUGUGAUGACUGCGAUAUCCAGGACAGGAACAGCGUUGUAUUCCGUUGCAAUUCUAGUUAUUUUUGCACAUAUCUCGUGCACAUAGGGUUGUAAGUAAAAUCUUCAAUCCAUUAUCCAUAGCGAUUCACAUUCGUCGCAUGUAUUUCUUCACUUCAAGAGUAAGUUCCCAAAUCACCCUUGCGCCUUUUUUAGGCUUUUAAUAAAGCAAAAUUGACAUCAA